ACCAAUUCUCUAGAAUUCUAACACCAAUGGAAGAGAGAGAAGCAAAGAAAGAAAAAAUGGAAGGGAAGAAAACCAGCCAUCCUCUACUUAGAGGGGAUAGCAUUCUGUGUAGCUCUAGUCAUGGCUUCUCCCCAGCUCAGAUCCAAACUCUGGCUUCCAUCUGUGAAGUUCUCAUCCCUUCCCUGCCACUGCCUGAGGGGAAGAAACCCAUGGACCAUCCCCUUCAAUACUUCUACAAAGUUUCUGGGUCUCACCCUCCCAUCCCUGAUGAGAUUGGGAACCCUGUUGCUCUGUGGCAGGCUUUGUCUUUCAAGGGAAUGGCCGCUUAUCCACAAGUUUUCAGAGCUUUCUGUGGAGAGGAGAGAAGAAAUCCUCAUGCAAUGGUCAAGGGGGAGGUUUCUGAUACUUCUAAGGGUAGUCUUUGUGCUAAUCAAAACCUUCUGCCUGUUCACAUUCUUCUCCCGGAACACAACAUCUACAAGAUAAAAUGUGAUGUAGUGGUGAUUGGUUCUGGUUGUGGAGGAGGGGUGGCUGCCGGAGUUCUGGCAAGCUCCGGUCAGAAAGUUGUUGUUCUUGAGAAAGGGAACUAUUUUGUUCCAGAAGACUAUUCUUCCCUAGAAGGGCCUUCUAUGUCUGAGCUAUACGAGGGUGGUGGAAUUAUGUCCACUGUGGACGGCCAAAUUUCACUUUUGGCGGGUUCAAUAGUAGGCGGAGGCUCUGCUGUUAACUGGUCUGCAUCCAUCAGAACACCGGAGAAUGUUCUGAGAGAGUGGUCUGUGGAUCAUAGGAUCCCAUUUUUUGGCAACAAUGAGUAUCAUUCUGCCAUGGAUGCUGUAUGUAAGAGGCUUGGUGUCACAGAUAAGUGUUCAGAGGAAGGAUUUCAAAACCAAAUCUUGAGAAAAGGGUGUGAGACUCUUGGUCUGAAAGUCGAGCAAGUGCCGAGGAAUUCAUUGGAGAAUCAUUUCUGCGGUUCUUGCAAUUUAGGAUGCAGAACAGGAGACAAGAAGGGAACUGAUUCUACCUGGUUGGUCGAUGCUGUGGCCUGUGGAGCCGUGAUCGUAACGGGAACUAAAGCUGAGAGGUUCAUAUUGGUAGAUAAUGACAAUGGAAGGAGAAAGAAGAAAUGUUUGGGAGUGAUUGCAACAGCAUUGAACAAUAAUCUGACGAAGAAGCUGCAAAUUGAGGCUAAGGUUACAGUUUCAGCUUGUGGGUCUCUAUUGACACCACCUUUAAUGAUCUCUAGCGGAUUGCAGAAUCCAAAUAUUGGUCGGAAUCUCCAUCUCCAUCCGGUUCUUCUAGCAUGGGGAUACUUUCCAGAAGAUGCAUCGGGGAUCAAAGGCAAAAUGUUCGAGGGAGGAAUUAUCACUUCACUUCACAAGGUUGUUUCAGGAGAUUCCAAAAUGGUUGCGCUUAUAGAGGCUGCUGCGGUCGGACCAGGCAUUUAUGCAGCACUCUCUCCCUGGAUUUCAGGAGGUGACCUGAAGGAAAGGAUGUUGAAGCUUCCCAGAACCGCUCACCUUUUUCCAUUGGUGAGAGACCAGGGUACGGGACAAGUGAUGGAAGAGGGAAAGAUCAAGUAUCAAUUGAGUGAGGUCGACGAAGAGAAUCUGAGAACCGGGUUGAGGCAGACAUUGAGAAUUCUAAUUGCAGCUGGAGCAGAAGAAGUGGGAACCUAUAGAAGUGACGGUCAGAGAAUCAAAUGCCGAGGACUUACCAAUGAAAGUUUGGAGGAGUUCCUGGAUGAUGUAUCCUCUACAGGAGGGUUGCAGUCCAAGAAUGAGACGUGGAAUGUAUAUUUGACGGCACAUCAGAUGGGAAGCUGUAGAAUGGGAGCUACAGAGGAGGAAGGAGCGGUUGAUGAGAACGGUGAGAGUUGGGAAGCAGAAGGCCUGUUCGUAAGCGAUGGAAGUGUGCUGCUCACUGCAAUUGGAGUGAAUCCCAUGAUCACUAUUCAGUCUAUCUCCUAUUGCAUUUCCAGUAGGAUUGCCAAGAAAUUUAAAAGUGAAACUGAGCCGUAAGUAAAGUACCAACUAGUUGAACAACUGUUUUGAGUUGGGGAAAAAAAUAUAUUAAUAAAUAAAGCCAAUGUUGUGGGACUUGCAUAACUUUUUACCGAACUAUGGAUUUUAUGAAUAAAGAUUAGAUUAUUUCCUCUUGGUUUUAUUUCGAUCAAUUUUAAUUGAAAGGAUGUGGAUUAGAGAGUAUGAAGGAAAUUGAGCAGAUAAAACAGUGAUGGAAUA